CUCAAGGCUUUUGUCGGCUUUAGAAAUGGUAUAAAUGGAGAUAUAUGAAUAUGAAAACUGGCUUGAAAUCUAUGGUUUGCAUGUUAUCAGCGCAUGUACAAAGUUGGGCUGAUUGCUAAGAGGAGUUGUUGAUCUGAGGUUUUCUGAGGUCGUCAUAUAUUUACUUCAUUUCUUGGUUACUUGAUAUUCUUUUUCAUUCUUUCGUGAUAUUCUCAGUGGACAGUAGCAAAUCAUUCUGUCAGACUUAUUUAUCUCCAAAUCUGUUGAGCUGCCUGCUAAAAACAGUGUGGGCUACCCCUGGCCCAAUUUCUUUUCAUUCUUGUGAAUAAUAGUUGAUUUAGUCAUAUUCUUUGAUGGUAGUCAGGCAUCGUGUAUUCUGCUGUGUAGAGUUUUGGCGGGACAAAAAAAGAGCAAGCAUCCUGUCUCUUUGGGGCAUUAUGAUUCCCUGAGGAAGUUUCUGUCAAAUUGCAUAGGAAAUUUUGGAUGUGAAUUAAACUUCAUGUUAUGGUAAAGACAACUCUAUGUAGCCUAUGUGGCCCUUGAUUGGAACGCUAUUGUGGAUCUAAGAAUAGCAUAUUGGACUCCCACUACUUUUAUGUUUUGUCUGUUUUUAUGGAUCUCGAUAGUUUCGAAAUAUCUAUGCCACGGAACAGCAGUGUAUGACCUAUAGGAGAUUGGUGUUGUAGUCAUAUUUAAUAUUCCUACUUUGGAUAUUUGUGUUUUUAUAUUUAUGUAUUCUCAACGAGUUCAGUCAUCUCAGUGAUUCAAACUGGAUUAUGCUGAAGAGUUUAAAGAUUCAUCGUUUUUCUGGACAAACUUUUGUUGUACAGACUGGGAUGUUAUUAUUGAGAACUCUGGGAAUGCACCCCUUAACGUGGAUUAGGGAUGGAUGAUGAUUUUAUGUUUUAUACAUUCCUAGAUUCAUAUGGACGACCAUUCGCGAAAUAUGUGUAUAAUCCUAAAAAACCUGCCUUCAAAACCCCCAUGACCUACAAUCAUGGCAAAGACAAAGCCAAACCGUCCCCGUCGCGGAACGAGCUUUGGAGAGAGCAACUGGGGCUUGAUGACGACCCAAGCCAGGAAAGAGAGGAGGAGAUCUCAGACUCAGAAGAUGAGCCAGAGGCAGACCAGGACCAGAGCAAGGUCUCUGGGAUGGAGUUCCAGAUCUUGCAGAGGGAGGUCGAGGAACGGACUAAGGAGAGGGACGAGUGUAGGCUAGCUGUCAGGAUGCUGAAAGAUAAGUGCAAGCAGUAUAAGGAGAAGUUAAAGAAGGAGGAAGAUUAUAAAAAACAACAUAUGAAUAUCAUGAGGAAGACACACGAGGCCCAUCUGCAGGAGAAACAGCAAUCGAUCAAAAGUCAGGAUGAUAUCAUCAAUGAACAUGAGAGAAAGAUAGCCGGAUUGGAGUCAAGGUUAACUGAAUUAGGGUGCUCGUUAGAUAAUGUUGACAAUGAUGAUGAUCGGGAAUCUAGUUCUGGUCAUUCUCAAUUGGUGGAGCAACUGAGACGGCUACAGGAUGAGAAGGCAGAUCUGACAGGCCACUUGUUGACGGCCCAGGCGCGGGAGGAGGAGGUCCGACGAGAACUCAUGAAAGAGAGGCAGCAAUUUCACGAGGAGUUGGAAAAAAUUGAACUUGACAAUAGUGAUCUCCAGGAGGAAGUAAUCAAACUCAGGAAUUUUCAGGGCCUUGGAAAUAAUACAGAUACCGAAAAACAAGUAGAGAAGUUGGAAUCUGACAAUGAGGCCAUGAGGCUGGAAAUUGAGAAACUCAGGAGCAUUUUACCACGGGUUGUCAAGGAAACAGUUGUGGUCAAGAUCACCGAUGAGGACAAGAUCAAGGCUUUAGAAGACAACAUAAAAAAACUCAGACGAAAAAUCACAAAUCUUGAGUCGGAAGCAACGAAUGCCACACAUGAAUUGAAUGAUACUGAUGUGUUAUAUCAGGAACAGCUAGAGAAAGCCAUCCAUGACAAGGUCGAGCUCUCUAAACAAGUGGGACAUCUCAAAUCAGAGUUGGAAGAGGUGAAGUCCAGGGAACCAGAGGUGCAAACUGUUGAAGUCAAGUCAGAUGCCCAUGAGAAAGCUUUAGCUGAUGCUAAAGAGGAGAUAGAACAACUUACUAGUCAAAUAAAGGCCCUCCAUCAGUCAUGUUCCCAGUGCAGUAUAGAGCUUGCCAAGUCCAGGCAGCAUCAUAAAGCUCUGGAAGAUGAGGUGGAAGCGUCACAAACCCUUGUGAAACAGAUUGAAGAGGAAUAUGUAUUGAAGUUAGCGUGUUUAAAAAGGAGGAAUGACGAGCUAGAAGCACAGCGACGAAGUUCAGUAGUCGAGCUGAGUGAGGUCAGCAACCUCAACCGUGACCUUCAAACGCAAGUGCGAGAACUUUGGCCGCAGAUCGUUGCUGUUAGUCGCGAUCAUCGACAGUUGAAGGAAAUGUGUCAAACACUGCCAGGGAUAAUGAAUGGGAUGGUCACAGAUGUAACCAAAAAGGUCACUUAUGCGAUCGUUAACAUGAGCGAACACAAUAAAGAUCUGAAGAGGAAGUACAGAGAGGAGGUCACUUUACGGAAGAAGUACCAUAAUGAAUUAGUUGAACUCAAAGGAAAUAUCCGAGUAUUUGCCCGGGUACGACCAAAGAUUUCAGAGGAUGGUACUGGCCAGCAGGGGCAAAGUGUUGUGAUGUUUGACGAGAUUGACGACUGUCUCAUUACGAUAAAGAACAAGGGUGGGAGGCUGCAGGGCUUUGAGCUCGAUGCUGUGUUUCAGCCAGCCAGUUCACAAGCUGAGGUAUUUGCUGAAGUGAGUCCACUGGUCAUCUCUUGUAUCGAUGGAUAUAAUGUUUGCAUAUUUGCGUAUGGACAGACAGGGUCAGGAAAGACUUAUACAAUGGAGGGUGUGAACUCAGACCCCGGUAUCAACCAGAGGGCGUUGAUACAACUAUUCAGGGAAAUCGAGAGCCGAGGGAAGGACUGGUCUUUCACGGUGACUGUGAGUGUGAUGGAGAUAUAUAAUGAGAUGUUAAGAGAUCUCCUGAGUUCAGACCCGACCCAAAAACUUGAAAUCAAAAUGCUGCCAAAUGGAGGACUUCAUGUGCCAUCGUUAACCAUCGUUGAAGUUAAAAACGUUGAUGACGUCAAUGAGACAUUCGAACUAGGUCAUCUAAACCGUGCCACUGCCGCGACUAACAUGAACGAACAUUCCAGCAGAUCUCAUGCCCUGCUCCGUGUUAAUGUUGUAGGAUACAAUAAAACGUUGAAAACAAAAGCAAUAGGAAAGUUGAAUCUGGUCGAUCUGGCAGGAAGCGAGCGAGUGGCAAAGUCAGGAGCAGACGGCGAGAGGUUAAAAGAAGCCCAAAGUAUCAACAAAAGUCUGGCGGCGCUAGGAAACGUUAUCCAAGCGUUGAAGACAAAGAUGCCACAUAUUCCCUAUAGAGAUUCCAAACUGACAUACCUAUUGCAGGAUUCAUUAGGCGGAGAUAGUAAAACCCUGAUGAUCAUGCAGGUGUCUCCAGUGGAGAAGAAUGUGCUGGAGACUGUCUGUACCCUCGGCUUCGGCCAGCGAUGUCGAAAGGUGGAAUUGGGGAAGGCUUCGAAAAAGAUUGAAAGUAUCAAUGACAAUGCAGAGACUGGAGCUCCAAAACCAUCGGUGAAUGGAACAGGAACAACUCCUAGGCGAAGAUAGAUGUCUGUUAUCGUGUUCACUUUGAUACAUGGACAUUUUUCAUCGCUGGAUGAUAAUUAUUAAAACACUUAAAUCAUGAUCAUAACAGGCUGAAUUUAUGUUGUAGUGUUGUUAUAGAGAUCCAUGGGCGUGUUUCAAAGGGGCUUUGUACAAACAGUACCUAGGCCCUCCCAUUUUGUGCAUCCGAUUGUUGUAACAAUAGACAAGAACAUUGUUGAUGUCUACAAUGUUAUUAGGAGGCUGCAAAAAUGAGAAUCUGAUUGAAAUUACUGUAGGCCAUAUUUAACGUUUUGUUCCUUGGGGGCAGUAGGCUCUCUGGAGGGCAGAGUGUCACAUUACGGGCAAUUUUACGAGAUCACAAAAUGUAAUGGCUGCAUGUUUUUCCGAGUUUACAGUGCCUUGUCGCUUGAGUGUCCUCAAAGUAGUCAUUAAUCUUUGUACAUUUUUAUAUUUCUACAUUUUUUACACGAAGUUGCUUACCUGCAUGUGCCAUAUGAACAACUAUGCAAUGAUGUUUAUGAUUUGUUACUAAUUGGUAAAUAGUGUUGGCAAAAGAUGAGUGUAGUUGUAGUUUAGUGUUUGCCGUUAUAACAAUAAUAUUUGGUACUGCAUCCUGCUUGAGUACCGGCAUGGUUGUUGUGUUUCGAAUUCUGAAAUCAUGACACAGUAUGACGGAUGCUAUCUAGAAUGGCUGUCAUAAGAAAUGUUGCAGUCAUGGGUGGAAAUUGAAGGGUUCUCAUUGAAGAAAUAAUGAUAUAUCUCGUGUCAACAUGUGCCCUUUUUUGUGUCACCCUGUAUGUCAAAAGUGUUCUGCAGGAAAUGUGUUCAGUCUUGUCGGAAUAAAUCAAAUGAGUGAUGUAAUGUUUCUUUUUGUCGUUAUCCUCAGUCGUUACAUGUCAGUGUACAUUGAUGCCAAUUAUAACAGAAAAGCUGCUUCUGCAAUUUAUUGCAACAGCAGAGCAAAGUUACAUGGUAGCAUAAAGGAAUAAACGUAAAGGUUUCACUAGAAAUAAGGCUAUUUUCACCAUGCAUUGAUUGAAAUGCAGUCCUGUGUACUUCUUUAUGAUGUAUGAAGACAUAUCUAUGCCAUAUUAGCUGUUUAAAUUGUAUUUUAUACAGAUUUUGUAAAUUGUAAAUAGGCUUGUUCAUGAAGUGGGGGAUGGAAAUGUAAAUCUUGCUGCUAGUGAUGUGUCAUCAAUAAAGAAGAACAUUUCUAAUACAUGUACUUUUGUGUUAAGGAAUUAAUACCAAGCUGGCAGUCUUCGGAUGUCUGAUAUGGGUACUACGGUAAAAACCAUGAGUACAGUUCAUAUGUUUUGAACUAAUAGUAAAAGAUAAAUGUACGUUUAUGGAAUUAUGUAAUGAAUGUAUUUGGAGCCAAAAGAAACAGUCUAAAUAUUGAAUAAAUAAAUUAUCGAAAGUAA